AUCCCUUUCCCCGAGACAAAUAAUCUCACAAAUCGAAUCAAACCCUAGAUUGCCCUCUUCGAACCCCCGAUCCCCAACCCGGCGACUCGCCGGAACCCUAGCCCUAGAUCCACGGCCCUCCGCCGCGUCGGCCAUGGGGACCCUCAGGGAGAUCCUCCCGUCGCCCAAGACGUCGGCGUCGACGUUCUACGACCACAGCAGCGACCCGUGGUUCAAGGAGCGGUACGGCGGCGAGCCAGCGGAUGCGGCGGCGUCGGGUAAGCCGUCGGGCCUCGCCAAGCCCGUGCCGCCCUACGGGAAGCGCACGGGCUUCGUGCCGCGCCGGCCGGAGGACUUCGGCGACGGCGGCGCCUUCCCCGAGAUCCUCGUCGCGCAGUACCCGCUCGGCAUGGGCCGCCGCGACGAGAAGGGCGGGUCCAAGAUCCUCGCGCUCACCGUCGACGCGCACGGCAGCGUCGCCUUCGACGCCGUCGUGAAGCAGGGCGAGAACGCCUCCAAGAUCGUCUACUCCAAGCACAGCGACAUCGUGCCCAAGAUCGCCACGGCUGAUUCGGAAGCUGUUGAAGACGAGGAGUACGAGAAGCAGAUCGAGGAAACCACCGAGCGGACGAAAGCAGCUCUGGAGAAGGUCGUGAAUGUUCGGCUCUCCGCUGCCCAGCCCAAGAACGUGCCGACGCAUGAUUCGGAAUCGAAGUUUAUCAAGUAUAAGCCGUCACAGCAGUCAGCAGCUUUCAAUUCAGGCGCGAAGGAGAGGAUCAUUAGGAUGUCAGAGAUGGCUUCAGAUCCUCUUGACCCACCAAAAUUCAAGCACAAGCGAGUGCCUCGUGCUUCUGGGUCACCGCCUGUGCCGGUGAUGCACUCACCACCAAGGCCUGUGACAGUGAAGGACCAGCAGGACUGGAAGGUCCCGCCCUGCAUUUCAAAUUGGAAGAAUCCAAAGGGUUACACGAUCCCACUUGAUAAGAGGUUGGCAGCCGACGGGAGAGGGCUGCAGGAGGUUCAAAUUAACGAUAACUUUGCAAAGCUUUCAGAAGCGCUGUAUGUUGCUGAGCAGAAGGCCAGGGAAGCAGUGCAGAUGCGUUCCAAGGUGCAGAGGGAGCUAAUGCUAAAGGAGAAGGAGAGGAAGGAGCAAGAGCUGAGGGCACUUGCGCAGAAGGCGCGCAUGGAGAGGUCUGGUGCUCCACCACCUGCAUCUAUGGGUUUGCCUGUUGGGGGUGGUAAUCAGAGGGAGAGGGAGAGGGCUGAUGAUGGGGAUGCAGAUAUGGAUUUGGAGCAGCCGCGUGAGCAGCGUAGGGAGACUAGGGAGGAGAGGGAAGCGAGGAUUGAGCGUGAUAGGAUCCGUGAGGAGCGAAGGCGUGAGAGGGAGAGGGAGAGGAGGCUGGAGGCCAAGGAUGCUGCAAUGGGUAAAAAGAGUAAGCUCACUAGAGACAGGGAUCGUGACGUCAGUGAGAAGAUUGCCCUGGGUAUGGCAAGCACUGGAGGUGCGAAAGGUGGGGAAGUUAUGUAUGACCAGAGGCUCUUUAACCAGGACAAGGGAAUGGACUCUGGGUUUGCUGCUGAUGAUCAGUACAACAUAUAUUCUAAAGGGCUCUUCACAGCGCAGCCCACUCUGUCGACACUUUACAGGCCCAAGAAAGAUGGUGAUUCUGAAGUGUAUGGCGGUGAUGCAGACGAGCAGUUGGAUAAGGUUAUGAAGACAGAGAGGUUCAAGCCUGACAAGGGAUUUUCUGGUGCUUCAGAGAGGUCUGGCAAGAGAGAUAGACCUGUGGAGUUUGAUAAGCAGGAGGAGCAUGAUCCCUUCGGUCUAGAUCAGUUCUUGACUGAGGUGAAGAGGGGAAAGAAAGCCGUGGAGAAGAUUGGAGGUGGAGGAACCAUGAAGGCAAGUGGGGGCGGGUCCUCAACGAGAGAUGAUUACGAGGGUGGAGGAUCUGGGAGGUCUCGCAUUAACUUUGAAAGAGGCCGUUGAGGCCUUGCUUAUCAUACUGUCUGGAUGGGUUUCAUGGUUAUUGCGAAGAUCAACAUCUUUCAGUCGAUCUGGAGAAUGUAUGAAUGAUGAUGCUGAAGAACCUUUUCUCCUUUUGUUCUGAAGGAGUGCUGCAACCACAAGUUGGAGCUUCAUUAGACCGAUAUUUUUGUCACCAGCAUGGUCGCAGUGAAAAAUAAUUGUCUUGAGGUUGAGAUUAGCGGUGCUCUAUUACUUGCUAAAGCGGCGACGUGGUUCUUUUCAGUAGUACUACCUAUCUUGUGAGCCACCUAUAAGGGCUCAUUUGGUUUGUAUGAUUUUUACAGGAUUUCAAACCUUAAUAAUUUUUCCUAUGUGUUUCAUAGGAGUAGAGAUGCUAGAUUCCCAAGGAUUGAGUUCAAUUUGAUUUAUUUUCAAAGGAUUCUGAACAUAAGGUGAGAUCUCAUGGAAAAUUUCUAAGCCUAAGGAUUGAAGUGUCUACGAAUCCUCUACAUUUUCUAUUGCUAUUAUUCCAAAAUCCUGUAAACAAAACCGAUAAACCCUAAAGAUACUUGGUGAGUAUGAAGUCUGAUUGUUA